AUGAUAAUAGAUAGGGUAGAGGUAGAAACUCUCAAUUCUUUUUCGAAAUCAGAAUUAUUAAAAGAAAUCUAUGGACUUAUAUGGAUUCUACCCAUUUUGACCCUUCUUUUGGGAAUCACAAUAGAAGUACUCGUAAUUGUUUGGUUAGAAAGAGAAAUAUCCGCUUCGAUCCAACAACGCAUUGGUCCUGAAUAUGCCGGUCCCCUAGGACUACUUCAAGCUAUAGCAGAUGGGACUAAGCUACUUUUAAAAGAGGAUAUUCUACCAUCUCGAGGGGAUAUUCCUUUAUUUAGCAUUGGACCCUCUAUAGCAGUCAUAUCAAUUUUAUUAAGUUUUUUAGUGAUCCCUUUGGGAUAUCGUUUUGCUUUAGCUGAUCUUAGUAUUGGUGUUUUUUUAUGGAUUGCCAUUUCAAGUAUUGCUCCUAUUGGUCUUCUUAUGGCAGGAUAUAGCUCAAAUAAUAAAUAUUCUUUUUCAGGCGGUCUACGAGCUGCUGCUCAAUCGAUUAGUUAUGAAAUACCAUUAACUUUUUGUGUAUUAGCAAUAUCUCUACUAUCUAACAGUUCAAGUACAGUUGAUAUAGUUGAAGCACAGUCCAAAUAUGGUUUUUUUGGGUGGAAUAUUUGGCGCCAGCCUAUAGGUUUUCUGGUUUUUCUAAUUUCUUCUUUGGCAGAAUGUGAAAGAUUACCCUUUGAUUUACCAGAAGCAGAAGAAGAAUUAGUAGCAGGUUAUCAAACCGAAUAUUCCGGUAUAAAAUAUGGUUUAUUUUAUCUUGUUUCUUACCUAAAUUUAUUAGUUUCCUCUUUAUUUGUAACAGUUCUCUACUUAGGCGGGUGGGAUUUAUCUAUUCCCUAUAUAUCCUUUUUUGAUUUUUUCCAAAUGAAUAAAGCAGUUGGGAUUUUAGAAAUGACAAUGGGUAUCUUUAUUACAUUAACUAAAGCUUAUUUAUUUCUCUUCAUUUCUAUCACAAUAAGAUGGACUUUACCCAGGAUGAGAAUCGAUCAGUUAUUAAAUCUUGGAUGGAAAUUUCUUUUACCUAUUUCCCUGGGUAAUCUCUUAUUAACAACCUCUUCCCAACUUGUUUCACUCUAA